AUGUCUCCAAAACGGCGGCCAAAUAGAGAAGACAGGAGAGGCGACCAUCAAAUGCCUCCAAACCUAAUGUCCCAAAAGAUUCGACUCAAGUCCGUCGCCCAGAUCAAAGGUGUGGCCAAAGCGCUGACCAAUGAAACGACUCGAGAGUCGGCUCCUGACGUGAAGUCUUAUGUUGAGGACACGAAACCCAUUGACAGUUUUGAAUUGGGAGACUAUCUCUGGAAGCAUUGUAUUCUGUACUAUAGGUUUGGCGGACAAUUGGCCGCCAUAACACUGGGCUGUAUCGGCGCCUACACUACACUGCGUUCACGUUUUGGUGGAUAUUAUAUAAACAAAACCAAAUAUAUUGAGUCACAGUUCAGACAAUCGAGUUCAGGCGCCAGUUUCUUAACCGGUGCCACAUCUGUACUACCCGUGGCUAUCGGUAUCAUAUUAGGCGGAGUAAUAAUUAAGUUUAUAAAACCCCGACCCCUCACACUUGUUAUAUACAUGUUUGCUAUUGAGUUCGUUACCAACGGAGCUCUUCUGUUUGGUAUGUUUACCGGUUGUCCAUCACUUAACCUACACUCCACUGGACUUACACCCGAUAAUCAAUUUUCAUUGAAUACCAAAUGCAAUACCGGUUGUGAGUGCACGACCAGAGUAUUCACACCGAUCUGUGCCGAGGAUAAGAUGACUACAUAUUUCUCGCCGUGUUUUGCGGGCUGUAAUCAAUUGGACAGAGCAUCGGGGACAGUGUCCGGGUGUUCAUGUAUUGGUGAUUACGAGGGUGGGGGUGAAGCCACCACAGGCUUCUGUCAAAGCGAUACCGAUAACUGCAAUAAUUUGAUGCCGUAUUUAGUUAUGAUGACAGUGGCCAGUAUAAUAUUGUCUACUACCGGAACUGGCAAUGCAUUGCUUACACUUAGAGCUCUGGAUCCGAAAGAUAAAAGUUUUGCCAUGGGUGUGAUGGGUACUUUUAUGGCUAUAUUUGCGUUCAUUCCGUAUCCGUUGAUAUUCGGAGCGGUAGUCGACUCGACGUGUUUGGUAUGGGAGAGCAAGUGUGGGAAGACUGGAAACUGUUGGAUAUAUGACCAGGAUAAGUUCAGGUACUACCUACACGGCACGGCACUGGUAUUCGUGUGUGUUGGCUCAUUAAUGGAUUUGGGUAUCAUUUAUAACGCUAAACAUAUUAAAAACUUUUACGACGACUCCUAUGAUACCAGUGAUACACUUGGCCAGUAAGUUAAAUAAACUGU